AUGAAGGUCACAGUUGCUAUCCUUUCCUUGGCUCUGGCUCAAGAAGUUGACGAGGCACAAGUUCUUCUCAGUCCCCGACAACUUUCUCUUGGACCAGGCCUUGGUGGUCGUAGAUACGACCAGUUUGAGUCUAUGGCGAAGCUCUUCGACCCUGACUUUGACAAAAAGAGCAUCACGGAUUAUGGAUGCAAUUGUCCUGAACUCGGAGAUCGUCCUCUAUCUGAUCCUGGCAAAGGACAGCCUGUCGAUGAGCUGGACACUGUGUGCCAGAAAUUCAAGCAGUGCGCGAAAUGUGCAAAAGAAGAGUUCGGUGAAAGUUGCAUUUCCGAAAUGAUCCGAUAUGGACUUCGAGGAAGGAAAUGUACCGACGCCGCUGGAACCUGUGCCAGAGCUCUUUGUGAAUGCGAUCUUUCCUUUGCAGAAGCUCUCUCUUUUGUUGACAAGGAAACAAACCAAGAUCAAUAUGGCUUCGUUUCUGACUUCAACAGCGACGAGCAGUGCGUUAGACAAGCUUCCGGAGGAGGAGAAAAGGCGUGUUGCUGGAACGGUGAAUCUGCCUUCAAGCUUUACAACAUUGACUCGAAGCAGUGCUGUCCUAAUGGAAUCCCGAAGCCAUUCGGACGUUCCUGCGAUGAUCCAGAUGCGGGCAAUGGUGGCACAAUGCCUUACUAA